UUUUCAAAAAUUGAGUUAGGCGAAAAGAAAAAUCGGAAAUUAGACGCAUUUCGCAAAACAAAGAAAAAAAUGACACAAUUUGACUUCCAACCCGGUACCUUGUAGCGGUCGACCCGACGGGUGCGUGCGGCCCUUUUUCUCACCGGGUCAGGGUUAAAGUGGGUCAACCCGCGGGUUGACAACCUUGCUCUACAGGUUCCCAGUCAAAAAAAAAAAAUCAUAGAUUGAUUGACUAGAAUCAAACCAUAGUUUCCAGUAAAGGGAUAACCAUCUCGACGACACGCGUCUUAAAAGAUCGAAAUAACGACAUAUAGUUCAUUCGGUUGAAGAAAAAGAGUGUAACCUAGUUGUCCAAACAAAAUCAAAGGAAACUAAUUCUAACAAAGACACGGAAGAGCAUUGAUUUUGUUACAUUCCUUGCCAUUGGGGAAACGUUGGUCGUUGGGGCCUGUGAUUUGUGAAUCCUUGGAUUUUUUGAUUGGACCGCCCACACACGGAUACGGCCCAAAUUGCUGCUGUAGUCAUAGAACAUGGGCCUGCAUUUUGCUAGUGGGCUGAAUGCUGAUACAGAACAGAGUGGGCCUCAUUCCCGGACCACGCAAGCCCAUUUUUUGAACACAACCCAGUCAAGGAGAAGAUCGCGUGGGCUGGAGCGAACAAGAUCCAAAACCCGACCCGACCCGACCAGCUCAUUUACUGCCUGUCUCUCUUCUCUUCUGUCAUCUGCUAUCCAAUUGCCGCCUUCCCUUCGCAGUUCCCACCCGCCAUUUCCUCGAACUUUCUUCCUCUCAUGUCCUUGUCCCUUUCUUCAUUCCUUCAACCAUAUAAUAACAAACAAAUUCUCCCCAUAUCUCCUCCUCAAAACACCACCCACCUCUCAAUUCCCAAACCCCAAUUCCAAUUUCCAAUUUCCAACCAUCGAAAACCCAAGAAAAAUGGCGACGAGAGCCGGGGGGGAGUUGUUCGAAGAUCUGCUGCCGGUGAUGGCCGACAAGUUGGGCGGGGAAGGCUUGAUCAGGGAGCUCUGCAAUGGGUUCCAGCUGCUGAUGGAUAAGGAGAGAGGGGUGAUUACGACGGAGAGCUUGAGGCGAAACGCCGCCGUUCUGGGCCUCCAGGACUUGUCGGACGGCGAGAUCGCCGGGAUGGUGAAGGAAGGGGAUGUGGACGGCGACGGCGCUUUGAAUCAGAUGGAGUUCUGCGUUCUCAUGUUCAGAUUGAGCCCUGAGUUGAUGAAUGAUUCCAGGGCCUGGCUUGAAGAAGCCAUUGGAGAUGAAUUCAGAGACUGACGCUGCUGGAUUCUGACACUUUUUUCUCUGCUUCUAACGCUAACUCGUCUACUUGUUGUCUGGUCCUUUUAAUUUUUUCUCUGGGUAUUGAAUUGUAAUUUGGAUUUUCUAUGUAACUCGGCUGUUGUUGGAAAUACACUGAUUGUUGGAAAAUGAAUAGCAAAUUCGUUCAAAGUAACACUGAAAUCGAAAGCUGAGAUUGGUGCAUUUUUGUUAUUUUGGUGUGUUCAUUCCUCCAAAUUCCUUUUAGGUUAAGGAAUUUCCAAGAACUUUCAUGGGUGUUUCUCAAAGAUGGACAACUACCCAACUCUAUUAUGGUAUGAACUGAGGAAGUUUACUUGAGAUUGUAAUAGAAGAUACCCGGCGCUUAGGUCAAUGGACAAAUUGAAAUACUAAAUUAUUCGACGAAAAAGUUGUCUACAAAAACAAAAAUAUAUGCGUUGCCUGCAAGAUGAUGUCUAGGGACGAGAAAAAUAUUCGUAACCGUGGAUAUCUACCCAAAUCUAGCCUAAUCGGGUAGGGUAAAACCCGAACUAGAAGGACUUUUAGUGGGUACGGGUAAAACCCGAACCCGAAUAUUGCGGGUAAUGGGUGGGCAUGAUUUUCUCACUAUCCAACCCGAACCCGCCCGAUUAUAUAAAUGCAAAUGUAUUUUGUCUAGAAAUAAUCAGUACUUUUCUCUAACAUAUUUUAUAUUUAGCAUAUAAAUAUAAUAUUUUUAUGAAAUUGUGUUGUUUUAAUUAAUUUUCUUCAUUCUAGUGAUUAUUGUCGUAGUUUUCGUCUUACGCAACUUGAGAAUACGUGUGCAUAUUAACAUAUUGGUUGGAGUUAUAAAGGGAAACUAUUACCCAUGGAUAACCGUGGAUGCCAAACCCGAACGGGUAUGAGCACGGUUUGGAUUUUCUACCCGUUUCUCAUGUGGGUAUGGGCAUGGGCAAAACCCAAACUACUUUGAGUAGGAUAACGGAUAUGCACUAUCCGUCCCCGACCCGACCCAUUGCCAUCCCUAACGAUGUCUGGAGUGUAAAUAAACAUUAUACAACUCAAAGCCCUACAGGCCUGCACCAUCGACAUGUAUGCAAGUAAGAACCGGGGAACUCUUCCAGUUUCCUUUCUGGUAGCUGCAAUCCAAUUUAGUCAUCUUCAUAAAAUCAAUAACUCGAGGCGAAACACAACUCGAAACCCUAAUCUUAGAAUGAAGCACAGAACUAUCACAAUUCACCACUGCAAGCCAAUGAUUCUGGAAGAAAUUAGCAGUCAGAUUUCUUAGCUUCACAAACCUACCCCCCUCAUUUGUCUUGCCUAGAAACCAGAACAGAUGAGCAGUAGUAAAAUACUGAAAGAAAGCAGGUAGUAGCAAGCAAACAAUAUCAUCACAACUCCUCCAACAUAAACAACAUUGCUGACAUGGACGAACUACUCCUUGUUACUAAUCUUUCAACAGCACUCUACCUGUAGAAUCUGUUUAAUGAUCUUACAAUUGUGGGGUAGAAAUCUAACCUUUUUUUUCCGCCAUUAAUCAUUCCUGUCUAGAGAAGUGGGAAAAAGCAGAUAAAGUCCAAUCAUUUUCUUCCCCACAGGGCAAAUAAAUACACCCUUCACUGCUGCUGUUGCUGCAUCCACAUCAGUGACAUCAAAACAGUGCACAGGGUGAGGCUCUCAUCUUAAAGAGCUAAAAUACACCACCAGCAUUUUCAGUUACUGUCUAUCUUCUUCAACCUAAAUUAAGAUGGAUACUAAAUUUGACAAUAGAUCCACAUUAAAGCACCCACCAACACUCACCUUCCUGGCCCCAAUUUCCCCCUCUUCACAAGGGGAAAUAAAACCAGAACCAGAAACACGCCUCUACACAAGAAAACAUUUCCAUGCAUUGACUGAGGAGCACCAAAAUUAGCGGCCAUCUCUAUAAAUGGCCAUAUUGUAGCAUCAUCACAUGAGUUGACAGUUGCUACUUACAGCCAUAUAACUAAAAAAACAGAUGCAGUUCCCUCAAGUACCACUACACAACCGACAUGAAUCCAAAUGACUUAGUGCUAACAAAAUUCAAUCAAUCAGAUUACUCAGCCAAUGUAGACAGAAAUGGGGAACGAAAGAAGGCUUUGAUAAUCAAGAUGAAACGCAACAGAUGAAACUAACAAGCAUAUGGCAAUGACAAAUGCUCGACAUCCCACACCACACAUUUAGGUUUGAGCAUUAAACACAUGGUCAAGACAUCCCAGAACAGAAUCAGACAAAUCACACUAACCAUAUAUAUAAUAAAGAACGAAAGAAAUGACGGAGCCAACGAGUACAGAGAAUCCGUGCAUUCCCAACACCGAUCGAAACGACCUAAAUGUAGUAGACCAGCUGUUAUUUGAAUCUUCCCAUAGAUAUCCUAUCCUAAACCUGUAACUAAUAUGGUAAAACUUACCAUCCAAAAUAGCAUAUAUAACUAGCAAAGGCAUAACUCUAGUGGCAAUCAUAGCAGAAAGUUUGAGUUUGCACAUGUCCUGAAUACGAUAAUACAUGGGCUUCACAAAUGGGGUCACCUGGAUUUGAACACAAGACCUCUUAGUCACAUAAGGCUCUAAUACCAUGUCAAGAACCAGUUGAUCCCAAUAACUCGAGUUAUUGGGAUAGGUUCAAUAAUAGAUCUUAUAUCACUCACUAACAGUUCUCCCAAGUCGGUUUAAGGUUUGUCCUCUUUGACAUUUGGAGGACCAGAAGGGAUGAAAUAUAGAGAGAAGAUCAUGUUUUGAUAGAAGGGGUAAGGUUAGAUUUUAAUGAAAGGGACAGAGGUAAAAAAAUAAAAAUAAAUAAUUGUAUAAGAUUUCAAAAUUGGUGAUAGGGAUCAUCUAUUUGAAAAACUUACUUUUAAAGGAAAACCGAAGAAAACGUCAUAGAGAUAUGUUGAGCUGAGCCGUGAUUAGAGUUGCAAAUGUGUCAAAUUACUCAUGAGCAAUUUAACCUUCGUCUCAGAAAAAAACUCGUUCAAAAAUCGACUCGUUUAUUAACGAUUCAAGCUUGACUUAAGCUUUAUUCGGCUCACAAGGCUCCCGAGACAACUGGACUCAUUUGUUUGUUAAGCUCAACUAGUGAGCUAGGUUGUUUCGAGCUAUGAGCUAGCAAGACAGUUGACUAGCGAGCCAUCUUACAUAACAAUUUAUAAGCGAAUCAAUUGCUAACUUAUCAUUGACUUGUUGAUAACUCAUAGGUUUGUGAGAUAAAGCAUCUUACCACAUAUAUUUAAAAAUUUGGGCACGUGAUCAAAUAUAUCUCAUUUAUAAUUAUAAAUAGGAAUAAUGUACUCGGUGACAUAGCCAUGAUUUUAUUCAAGGGGAUGCCGUAAAAAAAGUACAUAUGCGGU